UCCUCCUCUUUUUCUCCCUUUCUCCUUUUCUCCUUCUCUCUUCGCUCCUCUCCUUCAGAUCAGAAAAAAGAAAAAAAGUAAAAAAAAAAGACGAAAAUUCGAAAUGGCUUCUCCUCGCGAGGAAAACGUCUACAUGGCGAAACUCGCCGAGCAGGCGGAGCGCUACGAAGAGAUGGUGGAGUUCAUGGAGAAAGUGACCGCGGCCGUCGAAUCGGAGGAGCUGACGGUGGAGGAGCGCAACCUCCUAUCCGUCGCGUACAAGAACGUGAUCGGUGCGCGCCGUGCGUCCUGGCGCAUCAUAUCCUCGAUCGAGCAGAAGGAGGAGAGCCGCGGCAACGAGGACCACGUGGCGACCAUCCGCGACUACAGGUCCAAGAUCGAGUCCGAGCUCACCUCCAUCUGUGACGGCAUCCUCCGCCUUCUCGACACCCGCCUCAUCCCCUCCGCCUCCGCCGGCGAUUCCAAGGUUUUUUAUCUGAAGAUGAAGGGCGAUUACCACCGUUACCUCGCCGAGUUUAAGACCGGCGCUGAGAGGAAGGAGGCUGCUGAAAGUACACUCUCUGCAUACAAAGCCGCCCAGGAUAUUGCAGUGGCAGAGCUGGCGCCAACGCAUCCGAUCCGGCUUGGGCUCGCUCUCAAUUUCUCUGUGUUUUACUAUGAGAUCUUGAAUUCUCCAGAUCGAGCAUGUACACUCGCCAAACAGGCAUUCGAUGAAGCAAUUGCUGAGCUGGAUACUCUUGGUGAAGAAUCGUACAAGGACAGUACUCUGAUAAUGCAGCUCCUUCGUGACAACCUCACACUGUGGACCUCAGAUAUGCAGGAUGAUGGGGCAGAUGAGAUCAAAGAAGCCCCCAAGCGUGAGGAUGAACAGUAGGAGUAAGUUCAAUUCGGUUCCGGGUUAGGGUUUUGCUUCUCCACUUGAUUUCAAAAUAUGAGAAGAUGUGGUUGUCGCUGUUUCUGCCUUUUUAUUUUUUUAAAGUUUAGGAGUUUCAGCUCUCUCAGAUUACCUGACCUACAAGGUACCGAGUUUUGUUAGACUGAUAUUUUUAUUUUUCCUGUGCGUGUGUUUGUGUUUUCUUUUCUUUUCUUUUUUACCCUUUUUUUUUUUUCUUCCCCUAUGAUAAGUUGCAGCUGUGUUUGCGUUUGAUCAUGUUUGGAACUCUGGUUUCUAUCAAGUUAUUGAUGCCUUGUUAUUGUC